GUGUUUCACUCCUUUUCUGUAUUUUUUUCUUGUUUUUCUUCUUUUCUUGCUUUGUACAUUUUUUAAGAGGAAAAGAAAAACUCGCUCGGUGGCCAUUAAUGAGCACAAAGCAAUGCACGGUUUGUAACGAGGCAGCUGCCAAGUACAAGUGCCCCAAGUGUCGGGUGGGCUACUGCUCGGUCAAAUGCUUUAAAAUUCACAAAACUGAGCCCUGCAUGGCCAUGGCUACCACAGACAGCUCUUCGACAGCACAGAAUCUACAGCAGUCAACGCCCUCUGCGAAUGGUGGGAAGGAGUUGUCCACAAAUGCAGCCCAGGUUAACGACGACGACGAGGAGGAGGCGAAGCAUCGGCUAACUGCAGAGGAUCUGAAUAAAUUGGACACAUCAACGCGAGUCAAGGAAUUACUGAUGAACCCUGAAACGCGGGCAUUGCUGGAGGCUGUGCGCAAGGAUCCGAGUCCUUUGGAAGCGAUUCGUGCGCUGCGGCAACGGUCGGACUUUGAGGAGCUGGUGCAGGCGCUUAUAAGCGCGACGGGCAGAGUCGACUGACUGACUUGCUUUGCUUUGCUUGUCUGAUUUGCUUGAUUUGGCAGGGUGCGAGACAUUUGUACGCUGCAUGCCAAGGCGUGGAUCCAAAAAUAAAGAUGUUAUGAAAAACAACGGAACCAAAGGAAUAUUCUUCGAGACUUGGCACAAUUGUUUUUUCUUCCACGCUGUCUCGUUUAGAGCACGCGCAAGCCUCGACGAUCGCAACCCCCAUCAGAUUGCUCCAGUAAAUGUUCUGCAGACGAAAUUAAACAACCACAACGUCUGCUUCGCGACCAUUCAAACGUGCAAAAACAUGACUGCUCAAGAUUUCCA